GCUCGCACCGAAGACAUCUUGCGGUCUGUCAUGGUCGCUUCGAUUUCGGUUUAUAAAUAUGGACAUUCCUUUCGCCAAUAGUUCUCUAUUCUUUAAGUACGAGUUUAGUAGACUUGUAAAUAUAUUGCGUGUUGACUGACAUACGCAAUAGGAAAAUUUUCCAACUAUGACGCGAUGAUGCCGUUUUAGGAUUUCUUUAUCAACAGUGUGGUUCCAUGCGAACCAGAUUAUGACACUAAACAAAUGUAUUUACAAGUUUUGAAUACAAAACGUUCAAGGAAUGCACAGAAUGGUGACCUUGAAUAUUUUAGGUGACCUUAGUGGGAAUGGAGGGAAUGGUGGAGGAGAACGGCACGUCCGGUGGCGCGGGCGGUACAGACCCGUUGACGAACACUUCUGCUCCCGCCGCAUCGCCGCAUGUCGUCGCUGCCACCAGCAUCGUGCAGCUCAGCCUACCUGCACAAUCUCCCUCAGUCCAGGCCCAAUCAGUUAUUCAACCUAAUCAACAAUCAGUGAUACAAACAGCUUCUAAUAUACAAUCUGUGCAAUUACCUAAAGGAAAUGUUAUACUUGUCAGUAAGCCAAGCUCUGUCAUACACACAACACAAGGAACACUACAAACAUUACAGAUUAAACCAGAACCAAAUACAGUAGUGAGCACUCAGGGACAGUCUUGCACUGAUGACAGCGGUAGUGAUGAUGAGAGCCCUAAAAGGAAAUAUCGUGAGAUGUUAACAAGACGUCCCUCAUACAGAAAGAUACUCAAUGAUCUUGGAGGUGCUGAAAUUGCUGAAAAUCGCAUGGGCUCUAAACCGGGAUGUGAGAAUGAAGUUUCGCUGUCAGCUCCUUUGUCGUUUGCACCAGUAAUUCCAGCGGGCGCGCUGCAGACGGAGAGCGGGCUGCACACGCUGGCGGUGUCGGGGGCGGCCGGCGGCGGUACCAUCGUCCAAUACGCGACGAACCAAGAUGGACAGUUUUAUGUGCCGGGUCCCAUGUUAGAAGACCAAACGCGCAAACGGGAGUUAAGAUUACUGAAAAAUCGAGAAGCAGCUAGAGAAUGUCGCCGUAAAAAAAAAGAAUACAUAAAGUGUUUGGAGAAUAGAGUGGCGGUAUUGGAAAAUCAAAACAAAGCAUUAAUAGAAGAACUUAAGUCCCUAAAAGAACUCUACUGCCAACAAAAAACAGAAUGAGGCCCAGCCGGCUAACCAGGUGUGCCGCUGCCCCGCCGGUGAGACUUUACAGGCACGCGUUGCUACGUCAUGCUGCGUUUAGAGUGAUACCUACUUGGUUCCGUCUCAUAAAGUACUUUAGCGCAUAUGCCAGUUUUUAUAGACUUUUAAACAUCUCAAUUAAUGUGAAAAUAAACAGUUUAAGACAUCAAAGUCGCGCUGAUGAGUGUCAAAUGUCGUUUAGAAAUCUCUUAGUUUUAUAUGGAAAUUUUGUAAGUAGGGCAAUUCUAAAGCGCAGUAGUGCAUGUGUACGCCGCGCCGCCGCGCGCCCGCGCGUUGUCACAAGUGGCUUGAGCUGUAACGUUCAUACAGGGUGCCCCCGUGGGUGUCAAUAAAAACUGUGUAUAUUUUAAUGUAAAUAGAGAGAUAACAAAACAAACCACUUCUCUAUAUAAGAAGUGUUAUAAUUCAAUUAAAAUUCUAAAUGAAAAUGAUUUGGCAUAUAGCUUGUGUUACAUUAACAUUGUUAUACUUUAUAUGUUAACUGUUUAUAUCUAUGUUUAUCUGCAUGUUGUUGUUUUAAACAUUUUGUUUUAAAUAUUUUUAUUAUUUCUCUAAGAACUAAUGCCUUCUCUAGUGACAUCCUGUUGUUGUCACACAUACAAAUAUGUUCGCAUAUUGUUUUCUUAUUUAAUACUUGUCAUUGUAUGUACCAUUCCAAAAUAUUCAUAAGAAGAGCUGGUUCCAUAUAAAGAAUGUUGACAUUUGUGCCAUUUUGGUUAAACUUAUUUUUUUUACUAUACAGUAAUGUUUAAACCGAGAAUACGAAUUUCCUUUUCUUUGUUUUAAUAUCGCUAGCAAUAACGUUUUCUCAUGUUGAAGGUAUAGAUUGAAGAAUAGGAAACCAUGAUUUUCUGUUGGGUUUAAGUCACAUACAAUUUUGUGAUACAACUUGUAUUGAUUUGACAUUAUAAUAAAAGUAAUGUUUGAAAUGUUAAAUGCACUCGGUGGUAAUUUGGAGAAUGUGAUAUAAUAAUUUCAUGAUAGUUGCCGCUGGUGUCAAUUUAACGAGAUAAUACUGGUAAAAGUUUAUGUAUUCUUUCAUUGACUUACAAAGUUGCUUAAGUAUUCACAACACUAAUGAAGGGUGUUUUUUGUAAUGUGUAAGCCAAAGUUAAUAUUUAGUUUUUUUUGUGCAAUAGUUUAUUGCAUUGUAUAAUAGAGUUUUGUAAUUUUUCUUCAAUAAAAAUUAAUUUGUAAUAAAUCUGAGAUGAAAAUGAUGUAAAUUGUAUAAAGAUAGUUCAGUAAAAUAGUGUAUAAAUAAAAAUUGAAUUAUUUUGUAUAUACACAAUGUAAUAUUAAAGUGGCUGAUGUUGCAUAUCACCAACAAGAACUCUCACUUCGACCUCUUUAGUAUAAAAAAAUAUUGUUGACACUUGUACCAGACGCCAUAACUUCUUUGACGUUCACAGAUUAUAUUAUUGUAUUUUUUGUGGAAGGGUAAUUUUAACUAUCAGAGAUAUAUUAUUUAAGGUUUUAUAAGAGAAUGUAUCACACGCCAUGAUAGAUUAGCUACAUUAAGAUUGAUUUAUUUUUCAAUAUUUUUUGUAAAGGUUAUUAGGUAAUUUGAUUGUAGUUGUAUAUAAUGUAGUCCAAUCUGUCAUGGUAUGUGAUUUUUAUAUUAAUGAUAAAAUUGUGGAAAGUGCCUUUCAAUUUAGAAUAAAUAAAUUUAUACCAACAUAGCUUU